GAUCUUUAUUUAAGGAAGUGUUAUUCUCAUUCGUAGUCUUCGCCAAUAACAAAAACCAGCAGCACUCUAAACUCUUUCAAUGACUACCAAAAUAGAUCUUCCUUCUCCUCCUUCUCCAUUCUAAACUCCUUCAAUGACUACCAAAACAGAUCUUCCUUCGUCUUCUUCUACUUCUUGUCCUCCUCCUCCUCCACCAUCCGGUAAAUUCACGUACGAUGUGUUCCUCAGUUUCAGAGGUAAAGAUACCCGCACAAAUUUUACAGACCAUCUUUAUACCGCUCUCAUACAGAAAGGAAUAAACACAUUUAGAGAUGAUGAAGAGCUCAAGAGGGGGAAAUCGAUUGGUCCAAAUCUCUUGAAAGCAAUUGAAGAAUCAAGAUAUGUUAUUGUGGUUUUCUCCCAGAACUACGCCGAUUCUUCGUGGUGUUUGGAUGAGCUUGCAAAAGUCGUUGAAUGUAAGAGAUCACCCACAGGAAAAACAGUCCUUCCUGUGUUCUACCAUGUUGAUCCGUCUGAGGUGCGGAGACAAAAAGGCGAUCACUUUGAGAAAGCAUUUAAGAAGCAUGAAGAGCGGUCUGGAGGCAAUCUAGACAAAUUGCACAAGUGGAAAGACGCUCUUGCUGAAGUAGGCAAUCUCUCUGGAUGGCAUCUGCAAAAUGGGUCUGAAGCCAAAAUUAUUCAAGAAAUUGUAGAAAAGGUUUUCACUGAGUUGAAUAAAAUAAUCUCCACAUCUGAGGGCUUAGUUGGGAUGGAUUCUCACCUGAAUGAACUGUUUUCCUACUUAGACAUUGGGUGUCUCAAAGAUGUUCGUAUCAUAGGGAUUUGUGGGAUGGGUGGUAUCGGGAAAACUACUAUUGCACAAGUGGUUUUUGAAAGGAUAAGAGCUCAGUUUGAAGGUGAUUGCUUUCUUGAGAAUGUUAAACAGGAAACUGAAAUGAAGCAAGGUAGUACAAUUCAUUUACAAGAGAAACUUCUCUUGAACUUGCUGAAUAGUAAUGCCAAUGUACAGUACUCUAAAAUGGGAAAAGACAUAAUUAAGCAUAGACUAUCUACUAAGAGGGUGCUUAUUGUUCUUGAUGAUGUGGAUCAAGUUAAACAAUUGGAAACACUGUGUGAUCGUACUUGGUUUGGUCCUGGGAGUAGAAUCAUCAUAACAUCCAGAGAUGAACACUUGAUCAGUGCAUUUGGAGCAGACGAAGUAUACAAGGUAAAUGCAUUAUCUGAUUUUGAAGCUUUGGAGCUCUUUAGUUUGAAAGCCUUCAAGGAAGGCGAGGGUGGAGAAGAUUUUCUCAAGCUAUCCAAGGAAUUUUUGAAAUAUGCUAAUGGCCUUCCAUUAGCUAUUGAAGUUUUGGGAUUGUCUGUUCGUGGUAGAAGUGUAAAGUUAUGGUCAAGUGCAUUGGAGAGACUUAAAAAAAAUCCUCCGAAAGGGAUUAUUGAUGUUCUUAAAUUUAGUUUUGAUGGAUUAGAAGAGCCAGAAAAGAACACGUUUUUGGAUAUCGCGUGUUUCUUUAAAGGAGAUAACAAGGAUCGUGUAAUAAGAAUACUAGGUAAGGAUGUGGAGUUUAAUGUACAAGUUCUUAUGGACAAAUCUUUGGUAACUCUAUUUGGAACAAAAUUGUGGAUGCAUGAUUUGAUACAAGAAAUGGGUUGGGAAGUUGUUCGUCAAGAAUCUAAUAAUCCUGGAGAACGUAGCAGAUUGUGGCUUCCAAAUGAGAUUAUCCCUGUAUUUGAUCGUAGUAAGGCGACGAGUGCAGUUCAAGGCAUAUUCCUUGAAUGUCCAACAGAAGACGAUGUUGUUCACUCAAUUGAUAAUGCCUUCUCAAAUAUGGACAGAUUGAGAUUGCUCAAGAUUUGGAAUGUGAAGUUUUCUGGAAACAUCACAUAUCUUUCUAAUGAGUUACAUUAUCUUGAUUGGCAUGGGUGCCCUUUGGAUUCUUUCCCAUCAGACUUCCAACCGGAUAAACUUGUUGAACUUCACUUGUGUAUUAGCAGCAUCAAACAACUAUGGAGGGGAAAAAAGGGAUGGAGCAUGCUACGGCAUUUAGAUCUGAGUGUUUCACAAUACUUGAUGUCGACCCCAGACUUCACUGAGGUUCCUGAUCUUGAAACGUUGGUGCUUACAUUGUGUACAAGCUUGAGGGAGGUUCACCCGUCUCUUGGAUUUCUGAAGAAACUUGUCACUUUAAAUAUGACAUGUUGCCUUUCUAUUGAGAGCAUUCCACCUUUCACUGCCUUGGAAUGCCUUCAAAUAUUGAGGCUUUCAUUCUGUUCAAGACUGAAGAAGUUUCCAGAAAUUGAAGGAAAUAUGAAAAGCUUGCUGGAGCUUCAUUGCGAUAGGACCAGCAUUGAGGAAUUGCCUCCAUCUAUUGAACGCUUGACUGGUCUUACCAUGUUGAAUCUAACAGACUGUAAAAACCUUUUGCAUCUUCCCAAUACCAUUGGGUGCUUGACAUCUUUGAAAAGUCUCUAUCUAACAGGUUGCUCCAAAAUUCAUGAGAUACCUGAGAAUCUGAAUGGUAUGAAAUGUCUGGAGAGGCUUUACAUUGGUGGAACUUCCAUAAGGGAGUUAUCUUUCAUUGUACGCAUGAAGAAUCUACAGUAUCUAUCCUGCCAAAGAUGUACAUGUCUAGUUUCAGAAUCAUUUAAGGUUCUGGCUUCGUUAUCGAAUUUGACAGUGCUAGACUUGAGUUAUUGCAAUCUGGUGGAUGGAGCAUUUCUCAAUGAUUUUGGCAGCCUAAUAUCCUUGAUAGAGUUAGAUUUAAGUGGUAAUUGCUUUGUGCGAUUACCUGAAAGUAUCUCUCAAAUCUCAAAGCUCGAGAUUCUGCACUUGAAUGAUUGCAGGCAGCUUCAAUUGCUGCCCAAGAAGCUUCCGUUAAGUCUUGUAUCCGUUCAUGCACAAGAAUGUACUUCACUGACGGAUUGCCCAAAUCAAGUCCAAGUAUUGACUUCACAAGAGUCGGGAGUGACUACUAUCUAUUCAGGCCAUUCUUCAGCACUUGGAGACCCGGAAGGUUUCAAAACGUGGAGUUUUCCGGAACAUGGCGGGGGAUCUGUAGAGCUGUGUUUGACACAUGGGCACGCUGAGGGGAAACGAGUUGAUCGUAUGUUACUGCCAACUCCAGUGCUUGCAAGAGAAGUUGAACUGUGUCCACCUGCAACAUUGCAUUUUUCCUUGCAUCCUGAGAAUGAAAUUCCAGAGUGGUUCAGCACUACAUCAACCGGAAAUCCCAUAUCAAUCCAGAUACCUUCAAAUUUGUCAGAUGAUCAUACCUGGAAGGGAGUUGCAGCGUGUGCUGUUUUCUCAGUCAAAAGACGUAAUACGACUACUCUCUCUGUUACUGAACCGGAUCCUGAUUUUUCCAAUUACUUGUAUCAAAUCAGAAUGGAAACUGAUGCUUUCCGUCUAAAACCAUAUGUGACUGACUGGGAAGGACGUCUCCGCCCGGACCGCCCCCUUGGAUCAAGUUCUCAUCUGCUAAUGAUUUUCUAUUUACCUAGUUUGGUGUUUCCAAAGAGGGGGUUGAAUCAAUCAACUGUGCUGGCGGCUAAUUUUGAAACCGACAACCCAUUCAUGGUGCUCCAGAAAUGUGGAAUUCGUCUAGUCUAUGAGCAAGAUGACGGAUGGUAUUACAACAAAUUAUUUCCUGGGGUUCGUCCGAUUUUUCUGAAUAGAGAUGAGGACGACGCUGCACGGGAGUCUGGCUGGCUUAUUCAAGUGGAUGGAGGUGUAAAAUGGGAGAAAUUCAUUUUGAACUUCCAAGAAGAAUCCACACUUGUGCUGAGAAAUAAGAUUGAGUCUCUUCUUCUUAGAUACCUGGAGGCAUUAAACGAUUAUUCUGCAACGUAUAAAUUUAACCUCAGAGGAGGCCCAGCGUGGUUUAAGCACUGGUUUCAUGUCCCUGAUACAAUGCCAGCUGUUUGCCGGGGUUUUUGGCUAAUCGAGAUACCUCAGAAUCUACGCAAGAGUGAGAAGUGGAUGGGAUUUGCAAUAUACCUAUCAAUUGCGGAGAAAGUGCGGCAUAUACUAGAAGAAAACGAAGAGGUCAAGUAUCGUGUUUAUCUUCGACUCAGAAUCGGUGAAUCUAGUAAGAGGGUGUCCCGAGAACUUGAGCACUUCAAGUCAUCAUCAGAAGUUCGUCAUCAACUUUUGGUUUUUUACAUACCGCGGGCAGAGAUUCCCAAAGAGUUGUUCACUCAGACUUCAUCAACAACUAAAAUGCUCAUUUCCUUCAGAAUCGACUCCCCUUAUGUGAAGUUUCAAAUAGCUGGGAUGCGUUUUGUGUUCCAGGAAGAUAUGCAAGAGUUUGCUCAGACAAUUAUCAAAUGCAUGGAAAAGGAAGAUUCACUUGAAUUUUACCAUACGUUGGUUGUGAAAGAUUUGAUAGCGUUGAUGCGAUCGCGACGUUAUCAUUUAGAGCGGAUUAGUGAUCCAAAAGAACGGGAUUCCAGAACCAGACCGGAGAAAAAGUUUGAACUGCUUUCUCAAAAAUAUAGAAAUUGGGACUGGUCUAGCCCUCAACCUGUUCGUUGCAACUUCCGGGGAGCUGAAAUUUCCAAGUGGAAAUCGUUCAUGCAUUUCAUGGAAGGCAACUCUGCAGAUAUCCAACUGCCUCCAAAUUUGUUUGAUGAUGCUACUUGGUUGGGGAUUGUUGUAUGUGCUUUUAAUUUGGUGUCCGUGUCCACCGAAGAUCCAAGCAAGACGCCUAGCACUUCUAAUGAUGCAGAGUAUAACGUGCUUACCUGUCGUGUAGGCUCUGGUAUUGCUUUGGACAGGUUAUAUGAUCUCGUAUGUCAGGAAUGUUUUGAGCUGUUGGAUUAUGCAUACAGUACUAUUUGGUUCUUAUAUAUACCGCGCGGCGCACGCGAUGGUCAAUGUUAUCAUGAGUCCUGGAGGCAACGCAAACUUGCCAGGGCAACUUUUUCGUCAUCCAGCCCAUGCUUAGAAGUGUAUAGUUGUGGCCUUCGUCUAGUAUAUAAGGAGGACGUUGAACUUCUUGUAGAGACACUGAUCUCCUGCCAUCUACCCUGAACGUUCCACCACAGGACUGCUGCACAUGGAGGGCGUGCUGUUACUUCUUGGCAGAAGUACCGAUAUUUGCAUUCAAAGGAGGCAAGGUCUGCAAGCAAGAGUUUCCUGCUAAUUCCUUCCCUACAAGUUCCUAAUUAAAUAAGCAAAUGAAACUUAGGUCUCCGAAAGUUUCAUUUUAAGUAGUUUGUAUUUACUUGCAAUGUUCUUGUUUUCGACUGUGAGGUUUUUGGCUUCGUCCCUUUUGUACUUUCAUUCCUGAAUAAGCAAAUGAAACGUAGGUCUCGAAAAGUUUCAUUUUCAGUAACUUGUAUUUUUUUUAUCAUGUUUUCUUUUUCAAUUGAGAGGUUUUCGGCUUCGUCCCCCCUCUCUUUGUAUUUCCAUUUUUGAAUAAGCUAAUGAAAACUUAGG